ACUUGUCAUACACUAGCCAUUAAAAAAAAAAAUCCCACUUUAUGUCAUGUUGUACUGGUAUAUAUUUUAAAUUUGAUGUCACGUGUGAAGGGAAGAAAGGCGGGUGUCGACAGUGAGAAAUGUGUUGAGUAGUCGAAUACAGCGCCAUCCUCGCGCUAUUGUGUGAUGUAACCGAUUGUUUUGGAAAAUCCAAGGGAGAGUUGGAGUUAUCUUACUUUACUCAGAGUUAUUGUUCUUUGAGCUGAGAUUUCGUUCGUCAUUGAAGACAGAAUAGAAUCUUCCCUCUUGGUGAAAUGAAGGAUAGUCUUAAACCACUAGAAAAAUGCAUACUUUCGAUUUGAUUCAGGCGAAAUACGUGCCCUCGAAUGAGUCUAAUUAUUUUUUCACCAAGAAGAGUUCUACACCGGAAAAUGGCCAGCACGGCGCAUAUCCAUAUAUGACGACGUUGUCUGAUGGCUACUGCCCUUCCCACAGCACACAGAGAGAAAUCGAAACCCAACAAGAUGAUGAAAGCGAGGAACAAAUGAACACAAACAAAGACGAACAUUUACACAUCAGCAUUGAAGACGAUGAACUGAGUUACAGACAUCGUUUUCUGUGGAGAGAAUUUCAUCCGUCGGGUGACGUCACGCAACAUGACGUCAGUGAAAAUUCACGCGACGUAAAAGACGAAGUGGCCGCCCAGCGAAAAGACGAGAAAGCUAACUACGACAUGUGCGAUAUUUUUAGAAGCUCGGUGAAUGAGAGUACCAACUGCGGGAAUAUCCGAUCCGACGGUUGCCAUGGUGAAAACUCCCGCGGUCAAGGCUACAGCCCGUCCAGCAGCCCGAUCACCUUGUCUUCUAGAAGCUCUAGCGUUUCGAGAAGCCCCGUCAGUCGUCCGUCGAGUAACCCCAGCCUGCCCCCCAGGCCGCCCAAACCUAAAGACGCCGUCCCCGUGGUGUUGCCCCCCUGUCGGAUAUGCGGGGCCCGUGCCUCGGGCUUUCACUACGGCGUCAACAGCUGCGAGGCCUGCAAAGGGUUUUUCCGUCGCGCUCUCAAACGACCAAUGGAUUUUCACUGCGCUAAAAAUAAAACCUGUGACGUCAAAGGCAACAAACGCAGCUCGUGCAGGUUCUGCCGCUUCACGCGCUGUCUCAACUUGGGCAUGUCCAAAGAAGCGAUCAAAACCGGACGCUAUUCGCACAAGAAACGCACGAAAGAUACUAUCGAGGUGAAAAGUCUUCAAAUAUCUCCAAACGCUAUCACCGACACCUCAGAACUCGACGCCAUUUUGAAAAAACUUUUCCAAGCAGACGCAUCACUGAUGGUAUCGUCUGUUCGGAUUCCCAUGGACGUCCUACACCAGCGGCAACUCGAGUAUAGGAAUAUUUAUCUUAGCAAAAAAUCUGGCAGCUCUUCCAUGUCCCCUUCCUACAGUUCCUACCCUAAUGUUGAUCAUACCUCUCAAUCGAACCUUCCAUUUGCUUAUAACAACAACAAAGGUAAUGGGCUCUCGACUAGUGUAAACGUACAGGGGUCGAAUUUCACGACUAAUGGGGCAGCCAGCUUAAAUCAUCAUACAAAACCGGUAAACUCUCAAACUCAAAGCUCAAGUAAGAAAAAUACAGACGCGUUGGGCACGUUUUGUUCUGACGGUUUAGUAGGUAAACGAUCCAAUGACGCUACUUUAAAGUUACCAAGCAACGCUUCCAUAAGACAAGCUAAACGGGAAACGGAUGUUAAAAACGAAACUGCCGAAACUGGAAGUUGCAGAUCCGCGAAGAAAGAAAACCAGGAAGCUUUGACUGUUAGGCUAAAUAAAACAGGCAACAAAGACAAGACACAUUUUAAAGACACACGCGUGUCUUUGACGCCUGGGUGUGGAGACGAUAAAUAUCAGGAAAAUAUCCCAGACAAUGUGUUUAGUCAGAUUCCUGUUCAACUUAAAGACAACCAAUCAAUAAAUUGUAAUGAAAAUUACUCUGGGGGCUCAUAUUCCAGAGAACGAUCGAAAGUGGACGAAUUGUAUUUUCAUUCGAACGAGCAACACAGGGAAAAAGAAGAGACAUUCUCCAAGAAUGGAGACAGACUGAACAUCCAAUCAGUGGAAAGAGACACAUUUAACUUGGCAGCCAACCAAUCACCGAGAGGAGACACACUGACCCCGCCGACCGACCAAUCAGAGAUCUCGGAUGCGGGGCUGUGGCCGAAAGACGCCUGUCAGGAUUCGAGGACGGCCAUUUUGCAUCGAGCUGAGAAGUGGGUCAAGGGAUACAUCGAGUUCGCUCGGACUUUACCAGGUUUCUCUUCUCUACCCCACCAGGACCAGGCAUCUCUGUUACAACACGCUUGGGACGAAGUGUGGCUUCUAGGUGCGCACAGGGGUUACAGUAGCGAGCUUGAGGUAGCCGUAAUGCCAUCUGGGAAAAGCUUUCACUGUGAAGAACUAGAACGCGGUUGGGGCGGACAAUAUGCACGCCUUGCGUUUCACAUAGCGCAUAUCGUCAAGGGCCACAACCUAACACCAGAACUGAUCACACUUCUCAAAGCCAUGUGCAUUGUUUCCCCUGAUAGAUGUGUCCUGACGAACUACAAGGAAGUAGAACAAAUACAAUGGAUGGUAGUGGCUUGCUUGCUGCACCACAUGGAGAACCACACUAAGGACCACAUCACUUUCCCGAGGUUGGCCUCCAUUUUGACAACACUCAGAGAACUCAGCCAAGUGGCACAGAGUACUAAGAGUAGCAGAACAGUGGCAGAAGAUUCUGUGUACAACAUAAUAACACAAUCUUUCGCACCCUUUUAAUACUACAAAUGUUCUGUUCUUUUAGUCAUGUUUAGUAACAACUCAUAAACACAAUUGUAGCAUUCAUCAGAAGCAAGUUAUUAACACAUGUGGUACUAAUGUAAUCCCACUCUGGUAUUAUGUAUAGUAAAACCAGCUAAAUUUUUAAAUACAUAUCUCCUAAUCAGGUAACUGUAUCAUAAACCAGAAAUUAAAGCCAAAUCAUUAUUUGGUUUUACUAGCUGCAAAUAUUAAAGCAAGGUAAAAUAAACCACAAUGGAUAUAAAAAAAAAAACAUGACAAAUUGUGCU